GGUGGUAGGCGGAGGCGCUGCUGAGCUACGCACGGCGAGCUGAGGGCCGCUUCAUUCAGAGGUACCAUAGCUCCGGGGUUAGUCAGCAAGCAGAGCUGGGAAAACUUCUGAGUCUCACUGGUGAGAUUUCUCACAGCCUCCAGCUAUGCGUCUUUCUGCCCUGCUGGCCUUGGCAUCCAAGGUCAGGCUGCCUUCCUACCACCGCUAUGGAAUGAACCGCCCAGGCUCCCUGGGAGAUAAGAAAAUGAACCGCCCAGGGAUCCGGCGACGACCAGUAGUUGUGGAACCCAUCUCUGACGAAGAUUGGCACCUGUUCUGCGGGGACAUGGUGGAGAUCCUAGAAGGCAAGGAUGCUGGGAAGCAGGGCAAAGUGGUUCAAGUCAUCCGGCAACGAAAUUGGGUGGUCCUGGAGGGGAUGAACACACAUUUCCGCUACAUUGGCAGAAGCAGGGAUUCUCCGGGAACCAUGAUUCCUAGUGAAGCCCCCUUGCUGCACAACCAGGUCAAACUUGUGGAUCCCAUGGACAGGAAACCCACUGAGAUUGAGUGGAAGUUUACUGAGGCAGGAGAGCGAGUUCGAGUAUCUACAAGAUCAGGAAGAAUUAUCCCCAAACCUGAAUUUCCUAGAGCUGAUGGUAUCAUCCCUGAAACAUGGAUUGAUGGCCCCAAAGACACAUCUGUGGAAGAUGCCCUAGAAAGAACGUAUGUACCUCGUCUAAAGACACUGGAGGAAGAGGUGAUGGAGGCAAUGGGGAUCCAGGAAACGAGGAGACACAAGAAAGUCUACUGGUAUUGAGCCUGAAACAGCAGCUUCUUCUGUCUUAGCUGUGAAAGUCGAGAUGCCUGUUCCUCAGAUGCUAAUAAAAUGCUGCGAGUCCUGUGUGUUUCU